AAGGGGGAAAGCUUACGUCGACAACUUUAAAAAUUAUUUUCUCCUUUGUUAUUGUUCUUCAAUCUUCAUAUUUUUCUAUUUUUUAUCCACAAUUCAGAGGGAAGUUGAUAUAAAGAGAAGCUUGAGAAUAGAAAGAUCGUAAAGAAUCGAUGAUAAGAAACGUAAGGAGUUCGAGCUCCGGCGGAAAAGGUAUAGCGGCGGUGGUCGGAGUCGGGCCAAAGCUUGGCCGCUCCGUCGCUCGUAAGUUCGCACACGAAGGCUACACCGUCGCCAUUCUCGCCCGCGAUCUCGGUAGGUUAUCUCGAGUGGCGGAAGAGAUAGCGAGAGAAGAGAAAGCGCAAGUGUUUGCUAUAAGGAUUGAUUGUGCUGAUCAAAGAAGCGUAAGAGAAGCCUUCGAAGGAGUAUUGUCGUUAGGGUUUGUGGAGGUUUUGGUGUACAAUGCUUAUCAUUCUUCUUCCUCUUACACAAGUCACCAUCCAACUUCUUUCACCCACAUUCCUUUCCAAUAUUUCCAAACCUCGCUUGCCGUCUCUGUCUUUGCUGCAUUUCUCUGCGCUCAGCAGGUUAUUCCCGGGAUGAUGGAGAAAGGGAAAGGAACUAUGCUCUUCACCGGUUGCUCGGCGUCAUUGAAUGGCGUUGCUGGUUUCUCCGAACUUUGCUGUGGAAAAUUUGCGUUGAGAGCACUCUCUCAAUGCUUAGCAAGAGAAUAUCAAGCUUUUGGAAUUCAUGUGGCUCAUGUUAUCAUAGACGGUGUGGUUGGACCUCCAAGAGAAAUAAACAUUCCACCUAGAGGAAUGGUCGCAGAGCAAUCAUUCAACGUUGGAGGCGAAGAUGGAGAAGGAGAAGGUGAAAGCUCAGGAGUGAUAGGAAUGGAUCCUGAUGUAUUGGCUCAAACAUAUUGGAGUCUUCAUGUUCAAGACCGAAGAGCUUGGACUCAGGAACUCGAUAUCCGACCAUCAAACACAAGAUUCUAGUAAUUAAAAAUAUGAUUUGAUUCUUCGGGUUUUUAUUCAAUGUUCUUUUAGUCGUAUGGUACGUGCGUGUGUGUGUGGUGCGGAUCAUUUGAAAUGUACGUAAAUUCUUGCAUUUGGAAUGUAAUUAAGUAUUUUAAAACAUUAAAAGGUUGGUUAAUUAAUGAUUGAUGUGAAUGAUC